UUUACAAUAUUUAUAUUUUUUGAAAAUACAUUAUUAAAAGUAAAUGUUCAAAAUCAAAUCUCUAAAUUCGAGCUUAUUGGAAGUUCAAAAUAAUAAUAAUAAUAAUAUAUAACUGAAAUUAACACCGAAACAAAGCAAGAACACAACCAAACCCUAAAUUCUCGACUCUGUUCUGGGUUCUUCAGCCUCCAUUUCUCAAGAACACAACCAAACCCUAAAUUCAUCCAAAUUUCUCAACAACAAUAAUGUUUAUUAAUCGCACGUUAGGGUUCUCACUUCGUUCCAAAUCGAAAUGGAAAGAAAAAUACAAUUUUUUUCUUUUUUAAAAAGGAAAAACACACAAACAAAUAAAUAAAUAAGAGCAACUCAGUCCCUUAGAUGUUCAUAAGAAAUUGCGAUCAUAUUCGCAAAUCAUUACAGGUCUGCAAAAAGGCUCAUCACCGUUGCCCAAAAGAAAAAAAGAAAAAGAAAAGAAAGAUGUAGCUACUCCAGUGUUCUCCCGAACGCUAUAAGAUUUGGAAAGCAAAGGGAGAGAUUGUGAAAAAGUAACACGAUCGAUAUGGCUUCCAAGGGAACGAGUCAAAUGGGAACAGAUUAAAUCCGCACUGACCAGAUAACGAAGCCCUCAAAGUACCAAUCCAAAAGAGAGAUUAGAUUUAAAAACGCAGCAAGUUGAGAGAGUUGAGAUCUGGAAGAGAGGAGGGAUUGGUUUAAAGUAUAAAUAGAAAAGUGGGAUCGAAUACAGGAAGGAUCUAGAAGCAAAAUUUGCCAAUUUAACUCUUUUUAUAUUUUGUCAAAUUAACCUCUUUUUCUUUUUUCUCUUUUAAGUUUUUAAGAUAACGAAUACCCACUUUAUCCUCAAUUUUUAGUGAAAUCACUUCUUGCUCGAUUUUUACUUCUUUUUCUAUUUGUCUUUUUCUUUGUAGUUAUGGUUUGUGUAAAAAAUGUUCUUAAAUUUUGGGUCUUUAAAAUGGGUUGUUGAUUAGAGGUCUACAAAUUGUUGGAAGGGAUUAGAUAAACAAAUGUUGAAUCUGAAUUUACAUUGGUUCUUAUAUAACAUUGUAUUCAUCAAUGUCUUAAAUUAAUUGGGUAUUCAAAAAUCACAACCCUGCUCCAUUCUUCAAUUUCUUGUUCCAUUCAAUCGAAUUCUGAUGCUAUCUCUUACACUUUCACAUUCCCUCCAACCAUUUCUCCCGCCCAACCUUCAUUUUCCUCUUCAAAACUGCAGGACUGAACGAGAAGCAAACCAACUCCACGCUCUCUCGAUCAAAACAGCCUCCUUGAAUCACCCUUCCGUGUCUUCUCCUCUUUUGGCUCUUUAUGCACAUCCCACAAUCAACAAUCUCCAAUAUGCUCAGUCCCUUUUCGACUGGAUUCAAAAACCCACUUUGGUUUCUUGGAAUUUGCUCAUCAAGUGCUACAUCGAGAACCAACGUUCAAAUGAUGCCAUUGCGUUGUUCUGCAAAUUGCUCUGUGAUUUCAUGCCUGAUUCUUUUACAUUGCCUUGUGUUCUAAAGGGUUGUGCUCGAUUGGGUGCACUACAGGAAGGGAAACAGAUUCAUGGGUUGGUAUUGAAAAUUGGGUUUGGUGUGGAUAAGUUUGUUUUGAGUAGUUUGGUCAGUAUGUAUUCUAAAUGUGGUGAGAUUGAGCUGUGUAGGAAAGUGUUUGAUCGAAUGGAAGAUAAGGAUGUAGUAUCGUGGAAUUCUUUGAUUGAUGGGUAUGCUAGGUGUGGUGAAAUUGAAUUGGCACUCGAGGUGUUUGAAGAAAUGCCAGAGAAGGAUUCUUUUUCAUGGACUAUUCUCAUCGAUGGUCUUUCGAAAAGUGGGAAGCUCGAGGCUGCUAGAUACGUAUUCGAUCGAAUGCCUAUUCGAAAUUCUGUAUCUUGGAAUGCUAUGAUUAAUGGGUACAUGAAAGCAGGGUAUUCUAACACGGCACAAGAAUUAUUCGAUCAGAUGCCAGAGAGAAGCCUCGUUACAUGGAAUUCAAUGAUCACUGGAUAUGAGCGGAACAAGCAGUUUACAAAAGCCUUGAAGCUGUUUGAGGUCAUGUUGAGAGAAGAUAUAUCACCCAAUUAUACUACUAUCCUUGGAGCUGUUUCUGCAGCUUCAGGAUUGGUUAGUCUUGGUACGGGAAGAUGGGUUCAUUCCUAUAUAGUGAAAAAUGGAUUCAAAACAGAUGGUGUGCUCGGCACGUUACUGAUAGAAAUGUACUCCAAGUGUGGCAGCGUUAAGAGUGCCCUCAGAGUUUUUCGGUUUAUAUCUAAAAAGAAAUUGGGGCAUUGGACAUCUAUCAUUGUAGGCUUGGGAAUGCAUGGAUUGGUCGAGCAAACUCUUGAGUUAUUUGAUGAAAUGUGCAGAACUGGUUUGCAGCCUCAUGCUAUUACUUUUAUUGGUGUGUUGAAUGCUUGUAGUCAUGCAGGAUUUGCAGAAGAUGCACAUCGGUACUUUAAGAUGAUGACAUCUGAUUAUGGAAUCAAGCCCACUAUCGAACACUACGGUUGCUUGAUCGAUGUUCUGUGUAGAGCAGGAUAUCUUGAAGAGGCAAAGGAUACCAUUGAGAGAAUGCCCAUCAAAGCAAACAAAGUAAUUUGGACGAGUCUACUAAGUGGUUCAAGGAAACACGGAAACAUAAGAAUGGGGGAAUAUGCAGCUCAACAUCUGAUUGAUUUAGCACCGGAUACUACUGGAUGUUAUGUUAUUCUUUCGAACAUGUAUGCCGCCACUGGCUUGUGGGAAAAGGUUCGGCAAGUAAGAGAAAUGAUGAAGGAGAAAGGAAUAAGAAAGGAUCCAGGAUGCAGUUCCAUUGAGCAUCAAGGGUCAAUUCAUGAAUUCAUCGUGGGAGAUAAGUCACAUCCUCAAACUGAAGAGAUAUACAUCAAACUACGUGAGAUGAAAAAGAAAUUGAAUGUAGCGGGACAUAUUCCCGACACAUCUCAAGUUUUGUUAUGCCUUGAAGAGGAUAAUGAGAAAGAAGCAGAACUUGAAACCCACAGUGAGAGGUUAGCAAUAGCUUUUGGUCUUCUUAAUAUCAAGCAUGGAAGUCCUAUCCGCAUCAUAAAGAAUCUUCGUAUCUGCAACGAUUGCCAUGCUGUGACUAAACUUCUUUCUCAUAUUUAUAACCGUGAGAUAAUUAUCAGAGAUGGUAGUCGAUUCCAUCACUUUAAAAGUGGGUCUUGUUCAUGUAAAGAUUUUUGGUGACUUCUCAUCUAAGUUGGUGCUAAAUCUUUCCUUCCUGCUUGAGCAACUAGCAUCGUGUUCAUCUAGUACUUGUCUUCAUGAUUUCAGGUAAUUUCUACCGUUGCAAGUUAGUGUAACUUAUGUCUUUCGAGGUUAUAAGUUUGGUUUUAAAGUUUCAUGGUUUUAGUUUCUAUGUCUCAAACAAAACAAAGGAAAUGCCUUCCUUGUGGUUUUGAAUCCCUUCGUCGACCUCUUAUCUUUCCUAUGGAUCAAUCAAUUGGUAUAUGUAUUUUAAAACCUAUAAAUAGUGUGUGCCAUCUGCCGAGAUGCUG